AAUUGAUGAAGCUGCCCGAUGUGUUAUGCUUCCAGAACCUUCUCACAGUAGCUCUAAGAUCUGCCCUCUCAUUGACAUACCACCACAUGCCAUACCGACACUCAUCUCGCAGGAAAGGUUCUCGUGCUCACGACACCUCUGGGAGUGUCACACAUCAUGAACCUGAGGGAAAUUGCAGAAGAGCUUGCUCAGCAGAGGGCCCAUCACAUUACUUAUGUCACCACGAACCUUGACAUGAGUCCCCUGCAGCCUACCAACAAUACUAUAUUGUCCUACAACAUCCAUGGCAUGGCUGACACAGAGACACUGUCAGACUGGGUACUGUCCUCCAAGAACACCUCUGCGGGCGUGGCGAGCAGCUUCAUGGUAAUUAUAAAUCAGGCUUGCCUGGGCCUGAUGAGCAAUGAAACUGCUCUCACCCAGCUGAAGGACUUUAGGGCUGAUGUCAUGCUGGCAGAGAUCCAAAAUCCAUGCACUGCUCUGCUGGCGCAUGUUCUGGACUUGCCAUGGGUCAACCAUUGGCCGCUGGCCCCAAUUGAGCAUGAUUUUGACCAGAGGCCGAGCAGAAGCACCAUACAUCUUCUGUGCUUCUGGGGGAGGCUGAAAAGCUUUCUGGCGCACCAGCUUAAUGGCUUGAAGGUGUGGCGGAUGCACAGCAGCACAGGUGAAUGGACCUGCACAGCGCUGCUCUGCAUUUCACCGUGCAUGCAGUCCCUACGCAAGAAGUACGACUUCAAUCCAUAUGCGGCCGAGGAGCGCAGGAGGAUGGUCCUGUCAAUGUCACCAGUUGACUGGGCAGCAGAGUGGUUGCGGCCAAUGUCACCCAGCUACAAGUAUGUGGGUCCAGUGCUUGCUGGGCCGGGCAAAGCACUUCCAGCGGAUUUUGAGGCUUUUAUGACAGGUGCUGGCGAUCAGGGAGUCCUGCUGGCGUCCAUGGGCACGAUGGCUGAGCUAGACCAGGAGGAGCUGGCGAGCAUGGCUGCAGCAUUUGCGACGCUGCCGUGCAAGGUGCUGUGGAGGCUGACGCCCAAGGAGGCGCCUGAUGCUGCAGCAGUGGCUGCACUUAACCUGGGCAACAACACUUGGGUGGUGAUGCGGGUGCCCCAGAAUGAUGUGCUGGCGCACCCCAACCUGAGGGCGUUCCUGUCGCAUGUCGGCAUCAACAGCAUGUACGAGGCGAUCUAUCACGGAAAGCCAGUCGUGGGCAUGCCCUUGUUUGGCGACCAGCCCAGCAACGCUGACAGGGUCGUGGCAAAGGGCUUUGGGGUGCGCCUGAGUCCUGAUCAGGCCGGCACGCCCGCAUUCAAGGAGGCGUUGAUGGAAGUGCUGACAAACCCCAAAUACACAGCGGCCGCCCGGGCCAUGUCUGUCAAGAUUAGAGCACGCAAGAACACUCCUGUGCAGGAGGCUGCAGACUGGGUUGAGCAUGUGAUUGCAACCAAGGGGGAGCCCUACCUCAAGAUCCCGGAGGACGAGAUGUCCUUUAUCGCGCGCAAUUUCUUGGACGUCUAUGCGAUUAUUGCAGCAUGCUGCCUGUGUCCUGUGAUGGCUGCAUGGGCAGUUUUGGCCCUGCUCUAA